UCGCCUGCCGGGUCACCUCACUGUGUCGAAUGUCUGAAGCCUUUGCUGGGCUCUUACCGCCUGGCUUUAGUUUAAAUAUUAUAACCUAUCGAUAGUUAAUACAUGUGCGCAAACGAUCUGCCUUGCAAUCGAUUAAAGAGAUAACAUGGUCUGACUUGAGACACAAGAGCUGUGGAAGAUCUCGUCAAUUGAAAGGUUUUGUCCAAGUAGGGGCCGAGAGUUCUUGUUGAGGACAACGGAGCCAUGAUGCACAUCUGAAGGCACCUCGAUCACAUGGGCUCCUAUCCUGUGCUGACCCAAUGGUUUAAUCACCAGGACUAAAAAUGAGCAUAAGCAGUGAUGAAGUCAAUUUCCUGGUUUACAGAUACCUGCAAGAGUCAGGCUUCUCCCACUCAGCGUUCACCUUUGGCAUAGAGAGCCACAUCAGUCAGUCCAACAUCAAUGGAGCCCUGGUGCCCCCUGCUGCCCUCAUCUCCAUCAUCCAGAAGGGUCUGCAGUAUGUGGAGGCUGAAGUCAGCAUCAAUGAGGACGGGACCUUAUUUGACGGGCGGCCCAUUGAGUCACUGUCUCUGAUUGACGCUGUGAUGCCAGACGUGGUCCAAACCAGGCAGCAGGCCUACAGGGACAAGCUGGCCCAGCAGCAGCAGCAGGCGGCAAGCAGCGGCAGCAGCGCAGGGCCCCAGGGAAGCACCAAGAAUGGAGAGGGCGCUGCCAACGGGGAAGAAAAUGGAUCCCACGCCUUAGCCAAUCACCACUCAGAGAUGAUGGAGGUGGACCGGGACGUGGAGAUCCCCCAGAGUAAAGCCAUGGUCCUGAGGGGCCACGAAUCUGAAGUUUUUAUCUGUGCCUGGAACCCAGUGAACGACCUCCUCGCCUCCGGCUCCGGGGACUCGACAGCACGGAUCUGGAACCUGAGUGAGAACAGCACAGGCGGGUCCACCCAGCUGGUUCUGAGGCACUGCAUACGGGAAGGGGGCCAGGACGUACCCAGCAACAAAGACGUCACCUCACUAGACUGGAAUAGUGAGGGAACGUUGCUAGCGACAGGCUCGUACGAUGGCUUUGCUAGGAUAUGGACAAAAGACGGUAACCUGGCCAGCACGCUGGGUCAACAUAAAGGUCCUAUAUUUGCACUCAAGUGGAAUAAGAAAGGAAACUUCAUUCUCAGUGCUGGUGUAGACAAGACCACGAUUAUUUGGGACGCCCACACGGGAGAGGCGAAACAACAGUUUCCUUUCCACUCGGCACCUGCUCUGGACGUAGACUGGCAGAGCAACAACACGUUUGCCUCCUGCAGCACGGACAUGUGCAUCCAUGUGUGUAAGCUGGGUCAGGACAGACCUGUCAAGACCUUCCAGGGACACACGAAUGAGGUGAACGCCAUCAAAUGGGAUCCCACUGGCAGCUUAUUGGCCUCCUGCUCAGAUGACAUGACACUGAAGAUCUGGAGUAUGAAGCAGGACUCGUGUGUCCAUGACCUCCAGGCCCACAGUAAAGAAAUCUACACCAUCAAGUGGAGCCCCACAGGCCCCGGGACCAACAACCCCAGCGCCAACCUCAUGCUGGCCAGCGCAUCAUUCGACUCCACGGUGCGUCUGUGGGACGUGGAGCGCGGGGUGUGUAUCCAUACGCUGACCCGCCACCAGGAGCCCGUGUACAGCGUGGCCUUCAGCCCUGAUGGCAGGCACCUCGCCAGCGGCUCCUUCGACAAGUGUGUCCACAUCUGGAACACUCAGACGGGUGCUUUAGUCCACAGCUACCGGGGGACAGGAGGGAUCUUUGAGGUGUGCUGGAAUGCCACAGGGGACAAAGUAGGAGCUAGCGCGUCAGACGGAUCGGUUUGCGUAUUAGACCUGAGGAAAUGACACACGUCUGGGGGAGCCAUGGACCGACUACGAAUGUGUACAUAGCCAAAAUGACUGACUGUCCCUGCCUGUCCGCCACACUGCUGUAGUCCCAUCAGAUGCCAUGGCCCGCCAUUACCGCCAAAUGGAGCGCCCCUCCCCACCAUCCUUCCCGUCAUAUGUACACAUAAGGACCACAUCUUCGCCGCAUACAGUUGCGUCAGGCACACAUCAGGUCUGUAUGGACACCUGCGUUACUCGCACAGACCUGCAGGAAAAAACAUUUCUCUGUCAUCACACAGUACAAACUCUCCGGACCCGUCACACGCAAACCAAAACACCAGGAUUCUUCUCGCUUUCCUCUUUUUAUCCUUUGUACCAGAAUCUAAAGAUUUUUUGUUCUCUGUUGGUGUGUGCAUAUUGCAUAUGUCAGCAUUUGGUGUCCUGUGGACAUUGUUGUUUUGAAUUUGGAUUUUACUGAUAUCUGCGGGUUUUAUACAACAUGUGGGGUGGGAGAGAAGAGAGGGGGGGUUGUCUUUUACAAUGGGUGUUUAAAGCUGUUCAUUGGGAGAUCCAUUCAUCCACGUCUCGGCAGUCUUUAAGGUUCAAAAAUGCAGAUGUAUAGCUUAGAAGAUAAAAAUGGUUUAUAAUUUUGUCAACUCUAUUUUUAUCCGAUAGGUUUGUUCCAUUUUUUUAACAAAGUAUAAAGCAGUUAAUCAAAGGCUGAACUGUCCUUUGUUUUUGCAACUUUUAUCCUCAGAAAUGGUUUUCAGGUGUUCACAAUUCAUCAGGUUAACAUAGAGCUCUAAAGAAUUCAAAACCUCUAGGCUGAAAGAUAAUCUUACGUAGCUGUCGAUCCCAUGUUCUAAAGACAUCAACGCUGAUGUGCAGUUGGCUUCAGGUUUACAUCGCCGACUUCGUCCCUGAUCUGUGUCUCAAGCUCAGGCGGCGGCUGUGCUCUUGUGUCAGUUGUGAGGUAACGUGGCACAGGAGUAGCUUGUCAUCUGGCGUCGUCGCAGCUUCUGGGAGCUGUGGGGAAUGAGAGAGAGAUUCGGGAGGUCAGGCCCAUAACCGCUCGCAUCCAUCUGACGUGAACGAUUAGUUGUCAUAACUGUGCUCAUCAGGACGUCAUCUGCAGUAUCACUUCCUGGCUGGAGUUCAUAUCACGGUUUGUCAUGUUGAGAAGUCGUUCGCAGCGUCUUAACGGUCCAGUGUGUGGGAUUUAGGGGCAUCUACUGGCAGAACUGGAAUAUAAGUGUGUUCUCACGUUCAUAAUCACCUGAAAAUAAGAAUCGUUAUGUUUUUGUAACCUUAAGUUGAGCCGUUAAUAUCUACAUAGAGAGCAGGUCCAGAACAGACAAACCAACCACUGGCUCUAGAUAGGCCCAUUCUUGUUUUUGCAACAGCCACCGUAGUUAGCAGUAGGACUACCCCUGAAACUGAGACACAGGGAGCUGCCUGGAGGAAGAGAGACUGCCAGUUCAGGCUCCGACAUGACGUUAUCUGCUGCCUUCUGCUCAGAAGUGGUGAAUUUAAAGCUCACAGCAACUUAAUAUGAUACAGUUACUGGCUUUUGUUUGAUAUCUAUUGUCGUCUCACAUUUCCAUCAUUAGCGUAGUUAGCUCGUUUAGUUUAUUACGUGAACGUUGCUGUCACCCUGCUCAUCGUGCUGAACCCAGUUCAAACUCUAUACGGAGAAGUCUCAGCUGGUUGCAAUCUGCCACUAAAUCUUUAAAUCUUACACACUGGACCUUUAAAAACAUUCUGACUUUCACUUUGUAACGUGUGCAGCUUUUAUGUCCAGCAAGUACACACUACAGUCUCUCUGCUUUAGUUUGUCGUUGCCUAGCAUUAACACACACACACACACACACACACACACACACACACACACACACACACACACUCUCUCUGGAGACAGGCUGCGUUCAGGCCUAUGCACGGAUAGACGGCGCUUUUGUUUGUAGUGUUCAGAAUUGGCGUUUUGAGGCAAGUCUGUGCUUGUUGUUGAAAGGCAGACUCGCAGCAUAUGACUUGAUGUAACAUGGUAUCUGCAUAUAAUAUAUAUAUAUAUAUAAAUAUAUAUAAAUAUAUAUCUGUGCUAUCACAGGGGACUCUUUUGUAUGCCACUCGUACACUAAGGGUGGAUUUUAAAGUUACUUUUUGAAGACGCUUGAAAUACAGUAUGUGAUGUUGUCGUGCAUCACAAAGGGUCGUAACCAUGAGGAAUGGUUUUUUAUAAAAUACCAUUAAACAGUCAUAGAGAAAUAAAAAAUUUAAAAAAAAAAAACGAGCAGCCCUUUGAUGGGUGUUUUUUUCCUGCACUUUAGACUAAAAAUGGAGAAACAGGGAGGUGUGUUUAUUGAAGCCAUCGUAGACACACCUAAUGAAAAUGCUCUUAAAUCAGAAUUGUUGCAGAAAGUGUGCAGUGGGUGAAAAAAGGUGAACAGUGUCCUGUCCGACUCCUCGGGGUACGUCAAAGUCGAACCAAGCCAACUUCAUGGCAUUCCAGGUCUCAUCUCGCAGCCAUAACCAACAGCUAACAGCUUGAUACACACACACAGACACACAUACACACACACACACACACACACACACACACACUCGUCGUCAGGACAUUUCAGAGGUUUUGCUCAGAAUGUUACUUGUUUUAAAAAAUUUUGUACUGAAGCUAAAGACUAUUUUGAAGUUUGCUUUAAUACAGUGAUUGGACUGUACCACAAAGACACUAUUUCAAAUGAUGUCUAUGACAGUGGAAUGGUAUUUUAUAACGUUUCGUUUUUAGAUGAUAAGCUUUUUACACUGCAUUCAAGUGUGUUUGCUAUCUUUUGUUCCUACCGAAAGUACUAACGUUAAUUCUAUCUUUGCUAUGUCGGAGAGCCCUUGAAGGUUUUGUACUUCUCAAAACUUUUGUAAUUCUGAUUUAUUUGUAGCUACGUACACGAAAUGAACAAACGAAGAAAAAAAAAGAAAUUAUAAAAUCUGGAUUUAAUUGUCAUUGUAUUAUAACACAGAACAUGUAAAUACCAAUUUGCAGAUUUCUUUUUGUUGUGUUGUCUUUGCCCUCACCUACAUUGUACUCUCUUUCUCUCUCACUCACAUGGUUGCGGUCCGCAGCCUCCUGAUCUGACUGUUGUAAUAUCACUCAGAUUUCAAGGUCUAGAAUAAAAUCUAUUUUGAUAAUA